GGUGGUGGAGGUUUGCUUCGUCUUGCUAACGUUUGGACAGUUUGAGACGGACAGAGCAUUCGACGGGAAUAUUAACCGCUGGAAUCAUUUCAUAUUUUAAUAGUUAAGUUUAGACAGAUAGGUUUGAGGUAAAACUUAAGUUUCCCAGCAUUUACAACGCUGGUCUUUGGCCUUGUGUUGUUAGCUUGCCAAGCGCAACAAUGGAGGGAGCUCUGGUGAAGACUGACAAAUCCGACUCCUCACUAGCUCUGGCAAUCAGAAAACCCACAGAGGAAGAGAAGAAAUCAAAAAGAAAAGUUCUUGAUGAAGAGCAGUACAUUGAUGGUUUGGAGAAGAUCAUCACGCGAGACUUCUUUCCAGAUGUGUCGAAGCUGCAAGCUCAAAAGGACUACCUCGAAGCUGAGGAACAUGGGGAUUUGGAGAAGAUGCGAGAAAUUGCCAUCAAAUACGGAUCGGUUUCAAACCGAUCUACCCCGCGCGUCAAUAUGCCAUAUGUGACGCCUUCCUCAUUUGAAACUCCAGUGGGCGGGCCUUCAUCCCCGUCAUCCUCUGUUGGCAAAGGCAGAUCUGGAAUGAAAGGAGAUUAUGGGCUGAAGGACGGCGAGAAAGAGGAGGAGAAGGAGCUGCCGUCCCUGGACCGCUUCCUAGCCAAGAACACCAGCGAAGACAACGCCUCCUUCGAGCAGAUCAUGGAGCUGGCCAGGGACAAGGAGAAGCUGCGGCACGCCUGGCUCUACGAGGCGGAGGAGGAGUUCCAACAGCGCCAUGAAGAGAACCUGGCACUACCUUCAUCGGAGCAACAGGCCAUCGAGUGCACCAAGGCAGGACUCGAAACAUGGGUCUACAAGGCCAAGAACGCCCUCAUGUAUUAUCCUGAAGGUGUGAAAGAGGACGAUUCUGUCUUCAAGAAGCCGCGGGAGGUGGUCCACAAGAACACCCGGUUCCUGGGAGACCCCUUCAGUAAAACCCUCAACAAGACCCAGAUUCAGCAGGCUGCUGCUCUCAACGCACAGUACAAACAAGGCAAGGUUGGGCCUGAUGGGAAAGACCUGCUUCCACAUGAGUCUCCUCAAAUGAAUGGCUAUAGCUACGUUGGAACUCCCUCACCAGCACCUGGUGUGGCCGACUCUCCACUCAUGACAUGGGGUGAGAUUGAGAGUACACCGUUUCGUCUGGAAGGUUCUGACACUCCUUACAUAGAAAGAAAUCACGGCCCUUCCUUCAAGAUUCCAGAGCCAGGAAGAAGAGAGCGUCUGGGGUUGAAAAUGGCCAACGAGGCAGCAGCCAAGAACCGAUUAAAGAAACAAGAGGCACUGCGCAAGGUCACCGAAAACCUGGCUAGUCUAACACCAAAGGGCUUGACCCCGGCCGCCCUGUCGCCGGCCCUGCAGAAGCUGGUCAACCGCUCCUCCAGCAAGUACACGGACAAAGCCCUCCGCGCCAGCUACACGCCCUCCCCUUCACACCGGGGCUCCGGCUCCAAGACACCACUGGGUGGACCCCUUACCCCACACGGCACCCCGACACCUUCCAAGGCCCGCACUCCGGCAUCGCAAGAUCCCGCCUCCAUCACAGACGACCUUCUGCAGCUGCCUAAGAGGAGGAAAGCUGCUUCUGACUUCUUUUAAAAGAGCAGUAUGUGACGUCUGUCUGUACUACUGCCCAGGCAAUGAGAGACUAAAGCCAAAACUGGACUCUGAGCAAGCGAUUUGUCUAAAACAUUGCUGGAAUGUGGCGUUGUGGCAAUGUAGAACGAGACCUGAUGGUCUUAUCUGGAAGGCAGCCUCACUUGCCAUGUGUGGCAAAUGUCUCAACAGAACUGUCUGAGGAACAAUGUUGUCCGCAGCAACCGAUUGGAUAGAAACUGUGGUUUGAGUGAACAGACUCCUUCUCCUCCUCUGAAACUGUAGAACACCUGAAUGUCUUGGUGGAUAGAGGUGUCCACUGAGUUCAGAUUAAGAAAAAUAAGUUGCAACGUGUUAUGGGCAAAACCCUUCUGUAUGUAUGUUAUUUUAGUGGGAUAUUUACGGAAAAUAUCUCUUUGAAAGGUUUUUUGUUUAAUAUGUACUUCGAGUACUUUCUACACAUAAGUGUUUUUAAGUACUUGAGUACUUUAAGUAAUUUAUAUUCCUUUGUUUUAAGAUUUUAUUUCAUUUAGUUAUUUUAUCAUUUUUGCUCAGCAUAUACAGUAUAUUUGACAAGAACUUGUUUUGACUAUUGUAAAAGAUGACUUAUCUUUACAGUAGAGUGAUUUUCAUUAAAUGGAUG